AGUCAAACGGCGGUUGUUGACGGAUGUAAACCUUUGUUCAGCGAAAGCGGAUUAUCGACAUGACUGAGUGCGUUGACCUUAGCUAGCCGAUCUGUUUACGCCUGUACUUCGUGCUGCAUUGACUGCUGUUUUCGGACCAGAGGGAUGAUUGGAGCGCUGGUGAACGUCCGGAGAGGAGCACGCUCUCCGCCUUUGCUCACGGUCACCCUCGUCGCUUGCAUCCUCCUGUUCGGGUUCAACUACUGGGUGUCCAGCUCGAGAAAUGUGGAGCUGCAGACUAAGCUGCUGGAGCUGGAGGAAGCUGUGAGGCGGGCGGCGGCCGAGAGGGCACGGGAGCAGGUGGGCCGGACCGCGGCGGAGGAACAAGUACGCAGGCAAACAGAACAGCUGGCCCUCUUGGAGGGAGCUCACCAGAGACGGCAGCAGAGCGCCCUGAGCUUGUGGAAACAAGAGAAGGAGAGUCUACUGCUCAACAUCUCUUCCACUGCUAAAACUGUUCAGGAUAUGAAAAACCAGAUGAAGAGUCUGCGCGAGGACCUCAGUAAGGUGCAGAAGGAGCUGCAGUCAUGCCAGAACAACAUGAACACACUGAAUAAGAAACUCACCUACGACAUGACUCAGUGUAACACGCAGAUAUUAGCCCAGAAGGAGGAGUGUAAUGAAAAGGUCGCAGCAGCCAAACUGGAGGUCCAGAAGAAGUAUGAGAAGCAAAAUGCAGCAGCAGCUGCUGUUCAGCCUGGCGUUGACGCCACUCAGAAAGCAGUCGUCUCUAAACCCGUGUCAGAAGUGCUCGCUGGAAACGACUCGGCGGAAAACGCCGGAAAACCCCUGAAGAGAGAACCAGCUCCAGGAACCAAGCCCAAAACUGAUGAUCACCUUGAAACCAAUGAGAUUCCACAAGAUCAAGCUGUUCUAACCGCGAAUGAUUCAGACAAGCUGGAGUUGCCAUCCAUCCCCUUACUGCCCAAGCAGAACAGCACCCUGAACAGCCUAACCAAUGCCAUGGAAGGAGUGAUGGACAUUAAAGGAGGAGACUCGAAGGAUGCAGAUGCUCUUUUAGACGCCGCUGCGGUCGCUAACGUGAAAGAAGAAGAAGACGCCAUAGAAUACGACAACGAAGGCGAGAUUGAGAAACGGCUGUCUAAGCUAAAAGACGAUAAAGCAGCUGCGCAGGAGUUUGAUGAGGAGCUGGCCGACUACAACGGCGACGAUGAGAACGAACCCGAAUUCGAAGCUGACAAACAAGCAGAGCUCGCCAAGGUCUAACACACACGCACACAGAGACUUACACUUGUGCCUGAGGAGUGGGGUUAACCCUCCAUUCAGUUCCUGCUGGGUUCAACAGUUCUAACCCCAGAUCGCUUAACCGCCGUUUGUAUGAUGGCGAGCAGGCACGGAAUUUACGUUACUGCUCAGUUUCGCUGACGUUUCUCCUCACGCACACCGAGUCUCUCACCUCUGGUUGCACAUCACAAUGUUGAACAGGUUGGAACACCGAACCAUAUUCCUAAAGCUGGAGUCUUUUAUUGUUUUUAUACGCUGCACUGAAAUCUGGAAGUUUCACAUGGUCAAAUCUCUUCUCUGUUUCAACUCCUAACGCUGAGUAGCGUACUAGAACCGCUGCCAAGUGAACCUUCUGCUCUCACGGUCUGCUGUAAAUGGUGGAAAAGGGCGGAGAAACAACAUUUGAUUUUUCAAAAUGAGCAACAUGUCAAAUGAGAACAAUGACCAGGUGUCAAAUUAGAAGCAAAAAUGUUUGGGGUUUGUUUGUUUGGUUUUUUUUUUAAAUCGAGGGUUCCUAUGCAAACAGUUCGUACUUGUGUGUAGUGCAAGAGUUUUUUUACAUGUUUACAUUGUGUGCGUGAUUUGAGACGUAACCCAAGAGUUACAAUAUGUAACAUUACUAGCUCCGUUAUAAUGCGGAAAUAAAAUCUAGGAUAUGCUGAAGUUGAAUAUUUUCCCAUAAUGGCAUGCCAUGAAAUUUUUUUUUUUUAAUCCCAUUAUACCACAGAAAUUCAAAUAGCCUCAGCAACCAUUUUUCUCUCUCGAAGUUAAUAAUACAACCGACACUGGAGACUCCUUCCAUAAAUGUUAAAUAAACAUUUAAGAGUGUAAAUAUUUUCUUAAUAAUAUAUUUAGAACCAAGCAGAUGUUUUCAAAACACUGAAAAUCUGAUCAAUGUAGAAUUUUUUUUUAAUAAUAUUUUAGUUAAUGAUGUUAAUCAAUGCAAGAAGCUUUUGCUCUGAGAAGAGGUUUGAUUGAUGAAACUCCCACAAUCUAAGUGCAGAUCUUUCUAGAAAUCAUGCUAAUCUGAAUGUAUGUACAAUUGAUCAAAGUAUGGUCAUUAACUUAUUACCAUUUUGCUGAAAUCGGUAACAUUGCAGUUGAUUGUGUGCUUGUUAGGAACCUCUUAGUCGACACAAGUUCAGAAAAAAAAUUAAGCUAAACUGUAUUUAAAGCCAAGCUUUAUAGUGGGGAAGUUCUGUUGCGUUUAUGAAAAUUGUUCGGAUUAAGAAUUGUCAAUAAAACCUAAUACCAAAUAACUGUC